AUGUUUAACUACGCGAAUGUAACGUGGACUACCGGUACGUCAUCAGACGGCAACGAAUCAGGACUUGGAGGCAUUCCCGCCCAGGUUGGUUUCGACGCCAGCGAUGGCGUCAACUACUACGAAGUACCCGGCUCACAGAGUGAUGACAUUGUCAACAUCGACCUGAGGUCCAACAUUAACACGACAGGCCGAUGGCUGUUCCGAAUUGAUCUCGAUGAAAUACAGGAUAACGAAUCACCGAUAUUUCAAAGCUGCAAAUCCCCCGACGCUGUGUACGUGACAGGAGGAACCAACGAGAGUCGGGUCGUCUGGGACACUGACGUAGUGUCUGCCGUUGAUGUCGUCGACGGCCCAGUUGCUGCCAGUUGCUCACUUGUAGACGGAGACUCAAUGAAGGUCCCAGUCACAUCCAACGAAACCUUUCCUCUUGGGGUGACGACAGUAGAAUGUGAAGCCGUUGAUGCUGCUGGCAAUAAUGCUACUCCCUGCCAGUUUCAUGUAAUCGUGUCUGGUAUUUUAUUUCCAUUUCUGGGACCUGACGUGAGGUAUCUGCCUAAAGAGGAUGAAGAAACAUCCGGGGAAGUUUUCUUUGCCUUUCCGUUUUUCUUCUUUGGUCGCAACUACAGUUCAUUCUAUGUGAACACCAAUGGAGUUAUUUCAUUUGGUGAUGAACUGAGUUCCUUCCAAAGUGAUCCAUUGCCCUUGAUGCUGACACCACUGAUUGCUGUUUUCAUGACUGACGUGGACACAACUGACUUCGGAUUGGUUUUGCAUCGUCAACUUCUACGGUCAUCGCAAAAUGAAAUGCAGUUUUGCGAAGCAGACGAAACUAUCCGAGAGGUGUUUCCCGAGCAGUCCAGUUUUUCGGCGUCGAUGUUGUUGGUAGUGACUUGGUACAGAGUUCGUCCAUGGUACAGCGACUCACUGAGAAACACCUUUCAGGCCGUUUUGGUGACCAAUGGUGCUUUGUCCUUUGCCAUGUUUAAUUACGGCCAAAUCCAAUGGACCAGAUCGAGCCGAAGGUCUAGUGGAGUUUCUGCCCAGGUAUUAUGA